AUGGUGACCCCCAGUCCUCCUAGGGCUGUAGAAGGUGACAGUAACCAGCCAGCCUGCCAGGAAAUCUGCUGCAGCUACUUGGGAUGCCUGAAGCUGAAGAAGGAGUACAUUGCCCAGUGUUUCCUGGCAGGGGGCAUGGGGGUGGAGGAGCUGAACAGUUCCCUCCUGAAUGCAGAGAGACUCAUUGUAUAUAAUCAACUGCUCAGGAUCUACCAGCAGAAGAUACUGCAGAUCUCCUCCCUGCCGAGUCAGCUGAGCCAGAAGUUUAGCUGGAUGUCUCAGCUGGCAAACCUCACCCAAAACAUAGGCCAAGGCCAUCUCCAGGUCUCCGCGGUACAUCUCCCAAAUUCUGUUCUCUCCAAGCCUUGUGACACUGAGGUGGUUGUGAAGCUCUUUAAUGCUGAUCCCAUCACUUUGAUUAUCCCAAAAGAAAUCUCCUGGAAUAAUCCUAAAUUUGUGGAGAUGGUGGCAAAUAAUCAAAAAUGGUGCUUUGGGGCUGCGGAAGCUCAGUUCCUCCUGAAGGAGCCCCAGGCUCCUGCAUGGCUGUGUGUGUCACCAGGUGACCAGGCCCUGCCUCUAGACCCUCCGCGUAACCACCCAGCUGCUUCUGCCUUCUGCCUUCUGCACUCAAUCACUUGCAUUUGCUGCUAG